GGACUGCGGCGGAUGUUGACGUGUUUGAGUCGGAAACGUGAACGUGCCUCGGAGUGUCAACAAAACACUGCGUUUCUGAUUCAAGAGGCUCAAUGUCCUCUCCUGAGAUUGCAUCCCUGUCAUGGGGCCACAUGAAGGUCAAGGGAUGCGCUUCUUCAUACAAGGACUGUAAGGUGUGGCCAGGAGGCAGUAGAGCCUGGGACUGGAGAGAGACCGGGACCGAUCAUUACCCGGGAGUCCAGCCGGCUGACCUGGAGGAGAUUCUGAAGAAGGGGGUGGACAUCUUGGUCAUAGGCCGGGGCAUGAGUGAAGCCUUACAGGUGCCAUCUUCAACGCUGGACUACGUGAGGCAGCAGGGGGUGAACGUGAAGGUUUUCCAGACUGAGAAGGCCGUGAGAGAGUACAACACGCUGGCAGGGCAAGGUGCCAAAGUGGGCGGGGUCUUCCACUCUACCUGCUGAUGAGCUCGCAGGAUUAAACGUAACCCCACCUCAGCUUUUAUCCACCAGAGAAGGGCUAAAUGGAGAAGGAACAAGUUAUCUACCUUUCUGUCUUGCCUCCAUAUUGAUGAGCUGAGCAAAAAAAGCAAUGAUGUAAAAUGGAUUGUAAGAUUUUUACUGAUAUUAUUGAAACUUGGGAAGGACAAUUUUACACCUUGUUAAAAACAAAGUUGUAAUCACUGACAUCACUGUUAAUCUUUAAUAAGUGCACUUUGUUUACCUGUCCUCGGCCUGCCUGUCUCAUUGUUUAAAAGAUCAUUAAAAACACACACACACACACACAACAAAAUGUCUGAUUAAAGAUUUUACAGUGAAGACAGCUGUUUGGAAACAGUCUGAGAAUUACUGUGAGCUCCAGAACAUUACAGAGUCCCACAAACAA